AUGGGCAAGCAUAAGGAUCUGAAUGACUUUGACAAGGUGUUAGGAGCAGAUAAGAUGGAGACAGAAGACGAUGACAACACAGCAGCUGGAGAACAGACUGAACUAACCAAACAUUAUGUUUUUGAUGCUCAUCAUGUGUGUUCUGUUUUUCCUACAUUAUCUUACACUACAGCUGAGGAGUUAGAGGAGAGUGCAGCUGAAACAAAGUGUGGUCCUGUGAAUGAACUCAGUGAAGCUGAACACUCAGAGAGAAAAGAUGAAAGAACAACAAUAGAAGAGUCUGAAAUCACAUCUGAAGAAGGAGAUGCAUCAGAUGAGAAAGGAGAGGUUGAUGAAGUUAAAGAAGUCUACAAUGAAAGCAGCAGUGACAGUGAGCAGACUGUAGAGGAGAGCAACAGACUGGAGUGCACAAGUCAGAGUGUUGAAAGAGAAAUCAACAAAUUGACGCCUGAGCUCACACUUGUGUUAGUUGGUGAAACAAAUUCCAUUGAGAUUGGAUCAAAAAACAUCUUCUUUGACCAUGACGAGCAAACAAAUGUUGAACAGUUUUCAUCCAAACUGUAUGAUUUGUGUGGUCGAUACAUAUCUGUCAUUAACAUGCUUGGUCUUCAAAGCAUUGACAAAGUCCCAUUAAACAGAGGAAUCCAUGCCUUUCUCUUACUCUUACCAAAUGGUCUGCAUAGCAGCCAGUACAGUUCAGGAGUGCAGUGGUUAGAAAAAGCUUUUGGGAAAGAAUCACUUGCUUAUUUAAUGACAGUAGUGACUCAUAAGUCAGAUGAAUCAUGUGAAAGUGCAGUGACAGACCUGAAAGCCAACAGCAGUUUCACUGAAAAAAGAUACCACACAUGUAAAAACAGUAUGAUGGAUGAAAAUGAGAUCAUAGCUCUGUUGGAAAAAAUAGAUGUGAUGGUCUCUGAAAAUGAUCCACACUGCUACAGUGGACUGAUGUGUGAUGACACUAAAGAGCUGAAAGACCUGCUGGACCACAAAUACCAGGAAGAAGAAAGGAUCAAUUCCUCUGAGUCUCAGCAAAAUCCAACAGGCUUUGACCAUUCAGCAGGAGAAGUUGAUGAGGUUAAAGAAGUCUACAAUGAAAGCAGCAGUGACAGUGAGCAGACUGUAGAGGAGAGCAACAGACUGGAUGACGCCUGA